CUCUCCACCCCAGAAUCUCUUCUUUGGGGCCCUGGACUGAUCAUUCCCUCCACAUUCCCCUGAAGAACGCAUCUGCCCCAACCAACCAUAAAGUCCUCCGGUAAUUUCUCAAGUUAUGUCUCCAUCCAGACAUCUGUCUUCAGCUUGAGGCCCUGGGUAUUAUCCCAAAUGCCAUAUCACCUCAAACUCAACAUGGCUAUGGUGCACCCCUCCUAAUCCAGCCCCAGAAUGGCACUGCCUCCCAGUCCCCUGGCCAUGGAAUAUGUCAAUGACUUUGACUUGAUGAAGUUUGAGGUAAAGCGGGAACCCUCAGAGGGGCGAUCUGGCCCCUCGACAGCCUCGCUGGGCUCCACACCCUACAGCUCAGUGCCUCCUUCACCCACCUUCAGUGAGCCAGGCAUGGUGGGGGCCACCGAGGGCACCCGGCCAGGCCUGGAGGAGCUGUACUGGCUGGCCACCCUGCAGCAGCAGCUGGGGGCUGGGGAGGCGCUGGGGCUAAGUCCUGAGGAGGCUGUGGAGCUGCUGCAGGGUCAGAGCCCAGUCCCUGUUGAAGGGCCCCAUGCCUACUACCCAGGGAGUCCAGAGGAGACAGGAGCCCAGCAUGCCCAGCUGGCGGAGCGGUUUUCCGACGCGGCGCUGGUGUCGAUGUCUGUGCGAGAGCUAAACCGACAGCUGCGGGGCUGCGGGCGCGACGAGGCGCUGCGGCUGAAGCAGAGGCGCCGCACGCUGAAGAACCGCGGGUACGCGCAGGCCUGUCGCUCCAAGCGACUGCAACAGCGGCGGGGGCUGGAGGCGGAGCGCGCCCGCCUGGCCACCCAGCUGGACGCGCUGCGGGCCGAAGUGGCCCGCCUGGCUAGGGAACGCGACCUCUACAAGGCUCGCUGUGAACUGCUGGCCCCAAGGCCUGGGGCCAGAGGCCACGCCCACCUCUUCCUCUGAGCCGCUGGCCACCGAGUGGUGGAGUAGGUGGGCGGGUGGUGUGCACCACCCCGGAGGCGCCUGUGCCAUUCACUAGAUGGCUACUGAACGCCUUCUGGUGCCAGACACUCCUUUGGAUGACCACACAAGUAUCCCCAAACUUCCUGGACCCUCAAGGCAUGCUCUGAGGUUAGAUGCUGGUCAUUUCCUGGGAGAGGGGUCCCCUUCCCUCACGCAGGACGUGCACAGAAACCCUUCACUUUCUGCCCCACUCUAUAGGACCGGGUCACUGAAAUCUGCGGGGGUCAGUGCCAGGCAUUGUGUAGGGGGCGGGCCGCAAGGAGGUGUGGAUGACGUACAGUGAAUGGGAGGUGAGGGAGUCCUGCUGCUCCCAGAUCAGUAUAGAUUUUAAUUCAAGGCUUUCAACCUGUAGUGCAGUAAGGUGGUAAUUAGCAAUGAGGCUAUGUUUUCAUUCCAGGGCUUGUAACCUCCCCAUUUUAGGACAACUGCAUUUUCAAGAUUUCAAUUUCCAUUAUCAAGACAGACCAGAAACUUGAUUCAAGAGGCUUUUGUCCUAGCUAACCCCAUGGCCUCCAAGGUCUAGAGCAGCAAAGAUCAGAGGAGCUCCAGGGGUGGUAGGUGUGGGCUGGGAGAGGACCCUGAGCAGGAGUCUGAAAACCUGGGUGCUAGUCUCAGCUCUGCCACAGGAUACCUCUGGCACCUUGAGCAAAUCACUGGCUCCCUGGGUUUUGAUGACUUCAUCUAAUGCUCACUUGACUGGAUGACUUCUGACACCUUUCCAGUUCUGGCCUUUCCGUAGUGUGGAAGCCCCAGGGGUCUCCCCGAGAAUCCCUCAACUCAGCCUCAUUAAAGGGACUUCCUGCCCUGUUCCAGCUUCCUGACUGCAGCCUAGGCCCUGGAUGAGACCGUGCACUGGUUCUGGGUUGCUCCCUCCAUGCUGCCUUGGCCUCCAGACCUGCAUAGGUUGCCCCUGCUCCCUUUCGCCUCUCUGAGGGCUGAGGUGAGACUGUCCCCAGCCUGUCAAGGAGCUGAAAGAAUGCAGCUUUUGUGAAUUAAACUUGAAGUCUAGGCACAAC